GAAUUUUUCAAUAGUCCGGAAGAUCGUGCAGAGAAGGAAAUGUAAAACGUUUCUGCAAUAAGAGUUUUUAUCCAUCAAUAUAUUAUGUUGGCAUCAUUAACUGUACUUAGCAUAAUGGCAGGGAACUGGGAGGGGAACUACGCAGAGGAAUUUAAAAUAUUAUAGUACUGCGGUGCCUGUAAGAGAAAAGAAUUCAGCUCCUCAAACAGUUCCGUUCGGUCUGCUGUAUGAGGAAAUUCGCUUGAUGGAUCAAGUAGUUACAAGUAAAUCGUUGUAAAGAAAAAAAAUGGACGAGAUUAUAGAUCCCAUAAAAAGGACAGACGUUCUGCCAAUAUCUUUUCUUUACCUCAAACUCGUCGGUGCCUGGAAGCCUUUAGACUUGCCAAAAUGCUUACGACUGAUUUACGACCUUUUUACGAUAUUCAUGGUUAUUUUUAUAUGCAAACUGCUCAUCAUUUCCGAUAUCUUGUGCGUUGUCUUUGCCGAAGAAAAUCGGUUUGCAGUGUUUAAGGGGAUCGUACACGUAACGAUUACACACUUGAGUGGCUGGAUCAAAAUGUUGCACGUAUUGAGUAGACGUCGAAGCAUCAUGCUUUUGGUGAACGGUUGCGUUGCUAAGCAAUGGAAUCCACCGAGAGAUAGACACGAAGCCUCGAUUCUUACUUCGUUCGACAAUUCGUCAAGGAGAACGACUAUAGCGUAUACGAUACAGGUCAGCGCAGCUGUGUCGAUGCUCGUGUUGAGCCCGGUAUUCUCUUCGACGUGGUUUUUGCCAAUAGACAACUGGUACCCUUGUAACAUUAGUUCACCAAUUUGCUUCUGGCCAUCUUACGUGCAUCAGUCGAUGGGGAUCGUAGCUAUAGCAGUAGCUCAUGUGGCGACAGAUACUCUCAUCGUUGGCUUCAUGAUUCAAAUUUGUACACAAUUAAAUAUACUAAAUCAUCGACUGCUUUCGAUUCAUAUCAAGCUUGAGGAUACAGCGCGUCGACAGAAAAACCAAGAGCAGAUUUCAGCUGUUGAGACGCUCCUCGUUAACGAAUGCAUCAGUCAUUACAUCGAUAUACUGAAAUUCGCUGACUUGCUGAGCAAGACGUUUGUCGAAGUGGUUUUUAUUCAAUUUUGCGUAGGCUUCUCGGUGAUUUGUUCGAUCGUUUACUUACUCGCCAUAUUAAGCAUUUUAAGUUUCGAUUUUUUUGGAACGUUGUUUUAUCUUGGAGGUAUGUUGAGUCAGAUGUUUAUAUACUGCUGGUAUGGGAAUGAGGUGGUCUUAAAUAGCACGAAGCUAUUUCACACGAUCUAUAACAUGAAUUGGGUUGCAUUUCAAAUCAAAACCCAAAAAAAAUUGUUAUUAAUGAUGCUUGUUGCGUUAUCGCCUAUUCAAUUAUUUGAAGGUGCUAUUAUUAAAGUGAAUCUGGAUGCUUUUAUUAACGUCCUCAAGUUUUCUUAUUCUGCAUUCAACAUUCUGCAAAAAUCUUCUUGAGCGAUUCACAUUUAGUGGUCAAAGAAUGUAAUAAAAACAGUUAUUGAUACAUUUGUACAUAAUUGUUCUUGGUAAAAUAAGAAAUAAGUGUAACAGUGCAAA